AUGUCUCCAGCGGAUGUUUGCCAAUCUUCGGCGGAAGAGCAAGGUGACCAUGAGAUGCCCAACGUCCUCAAUGCGGACACAGCCUCAAACGUUGUUGAGCUUGUUCCUCGAGAAGUUACCUCUGCUGCUGCCAGCCACCGCCAGCUCCCCCAAUUCACCACAAUAAUCGACACGGCCAGGAACAGCGAGUGCCACCUGACGCAGCAAGACGAUGUUUGCACUUGCCCCGGGUGUCGACGCGCUUUAACCCUACCCACCAACAUUCAUCCUCUUCCCACCCACACUCAGUCUUUUGCGACUCCUCUGCCUCUUGAGACUCCUUUGCCUUCUGAGACGCUUUUGCCACUUGAGACCCCUCUGCCUCUUAGGACUCCUCUCUCCAUUGACGCUCCUCUUCUCGUCCACACUCCGCUGUCUACCCACUACCCUUUGUCUACCCACACUCCUCUGCCUCUUGAGACUCUUGUGCCUUCUGAGACCCUUUUGCCACUUGAGACCUCUCUGCCUCUUAGGACUCCUCUCCCCAUCGACACUCCUCUUCUCGCCCACACUCCACUGCCUACCCACAACCCUCUGUCUACCCACACUCCUCUGGCUCUUGAGACAUCUCGGCCUGUUGAGACCCCUCUGCCUGUUGAUACCCCUCUGCCUGUUGAGACCCCUAUGCCUCUUGAGACUCAACCGCCCCCUUACAACACAUCUUCAGAACCCGAUGAGAUCUUCUGCAACGCAGAGCAUCACAUCAGCAGAGUCAGCCACAGCCAGACGUCUGCCAUCCAGGCGCUUGUGAGUCCCAUCGGAGUCUCAUCUCAGCCUCUGAUCAGCUCCCCCUUGACUGCACCGGUCGAGACUCCAUCUCAGCCACUGCCUGUGCUGGCGAGAGACUUUUCAUCCCACCCCGCCGCAAGCUCUUCCUCGCAGCCUUUGACUGCCCCACCUGGAUACUCAGUUUCUGAUCCUUCGGCCCCUGCCGAACUGUCUUUCUCUUACCGUUUUGUCUCAUCAACCGAAACCUCUACUGUGCCUGAUCUGACUCCAGCCAAAGACGAUCAACCUCCUAGCAGAACCACAGUUGACCCCAAAAUCGGACUUACAAAUCUUGCAAAACUGCAGAUAGCACUGCAUAUGAGGUUCAUAAGGACAAUUACGAACACUGCUUUUAUGCCAGCCGACCUGUCCGCAAUCAUGAUGCCUGACUCCGAAUCCGAACAAUUGGACAUGUAUUACUCCUUAGUCGAGCAAGUCGUCGCUCUCGAAAUCGAGAUUGGCUUACCUGAAGCAACCCCCUUCUCUGAAAAUCAACAUUCUGUGACCAAAUUGCCUGCGCUCACCCGCCUCAAUUUCUAUCUCAAACAGUUGGCUGAGCCAAUGAUUUGCGAUGUUCCCUUUGCCUGCGACUUCCAUAAAGGCCCUCACCCCGAUUUAAUCACAGAGGACACUCUGUACCAUCUGGAAAAAUACCGUCUCUGGCUCAAGAACGCCAAGGAUGGUUUGAAUUUCAGGAUAAAGGGUUUACGCGACGACUUGACAGAACAAUUCAAGAAGGCACGAGACGAUCCAAACGACGAUGCUGUCUCCGAUUGCAGCUCCGAAAUCAUCGAAAGCCUCCUCGCCAAAUAUGACAAUGGCGAAGCGGUCACAGCAAAUCUCCCAGGCAGCGAGCUUGUGCAGUUACCCCAAAAGAAGAAGAAGCGAAACAAGGGUAUUCGCAAGCGGAAGGGCGCGAACAAGGGCAACCAGCAAAACACCGCUGGUCUAGAGACCUCCUUGGAUGUUGCUUCGACGAUAGAAUCCCAGGACAACGGUCCUCAGAAGGAAGAGCAGCCGCACGAUACUACGACUCUGGGUACUCAACAGCAGUCCCAGUCAGAGCUUGACGCAGCUUCUCCUUGUGACCUUGCUACUGAGAAGUCCCCCGAUGCGUUCUUGACUGCGGAGCCCAAAGAGAAGGCCCCGAAGAAGAAGAAGAAGAAGAAGAAGGGCGGCAAGAAGCACCAGAGACACGGCCAGACGGAUGAUUUGUUGCCCCCAGGUGCUCAAGAAUCACCUCAAUUGCAGCCAGGCACAGCUGCGGCAACCGAAGCAACUUUUCAAGAGCCUUCGAUGCAAACUACCCAAAGCACGGACAACAUUGAGACACCUCAGGUCCUGCUGGACUCGGGUUCUUCGACCGAGACAAUUUGUCAGGAGCCUUCGCUGCAGGACACCGAGAUUGACGAAGCUCCUGCGGCACCCAAGCGAGUCCGUACUCGCAAGUACAACAAGAGGGGCAAGCAGGGCAAGGCCAAGCCUGCUAAGAAGCAAGGUGGCCGGCGCAUUACUCUAGGGUCAGAUGCUCUCCAUUCAUCUGAACCGGAAACUGAUCCAAUUGCUGCCGGCACCGAGCAUCUGGGCAAGGCAGCGUCGGAUGCCGCAAUGGCCGAAGUCAUUGAAGAAGAGAGUGUGCCAUCCAUUCCAGAGACACCAAUCUCCGAGUCCGACCUCGAGGGGCCCGUCGCAAUGCCGAUGCCUGACAAUUCCCAGGGAGCGAUCCCUGGUCCUCUGUCUCUUUCUGGCGAGACCAGCGUCCGCCAUGACCAACAUCUAGGGUUUGCUGUCCCUGCAAUCAGCUACGCGGAGGCGCUAGCUACGCCUGUUAGCUCCGACACCAGGGCCAUGGCCCCAGGCUCAUCUGAGCCAUCCACGGCUGCUGUCACCCUCUCCCAAGAGGUCCCCAUCGACACCUCCACUCCCUCUUUCGUUGGCUGCUCCACCCAACGGAAGAGGAACCGCCAUAGCAAGUUGCACGAGAAGGUGCGUCGCGCGAAGCAGAGCCAGAAGAAGAAAGACGGCAAGCUCGAACGCGCGUCGGAGUCCUCAAUUUCCACCGGCAACAUCGAAAAGACGACCGGCGCCGAGGACCCGACCCCUUCUCCUCCAACUUCUCCAAUCCCCACUCCUCCCCCCCAGCUCGCGGCCUUGUCCACCGUCGAGUCUGGCGACGCAAACCUCGACGAGACGACAGACGCCCGGGAAAUUGAAGGUGAGACCGCACCCUGGUCUCCCUUCAUGAACCCGUGGGCCCGGCCGGACACCGCGGCCGGCCGUCUGCCUGAUGCCCAGUACCACCGGUCUGGGUGUCAGAUUGCUCGUGUCGCGCGCGGGGAUUCAGCAUGUGCGGUUUCUACCGUGCAUGCUGCUACCACCGGCAACGGGAUCUGUGCGGUUGUCCGCCACACAGAUCCUGUUGCUGCCUUCAUCACGCAGGAGACUGCUGUCACUGCCUUGGCCCAGAAGCGGCCUCGGCCGAGCUCUUGA